UACUUUUUUAUUUAAUUAGAAAUAUUUGUUUGUACAAUACAAUGUGUUAAGAUAUUCAGGUAAUUAUCUGUAGAAGAGAGUACCCGAAUAUAAAAUGAUAAACAAUUUGUUAAUUUUUAUCCCACAAGAAUUGUGUAUCAAACAAUCUGGAUAUAUGUUUGGUAAAGUGAUACAUGAUAAACACAGUGAUUUGAAAAAAUUUUAUAUUAUUAAUUUAUCUAAGAUAGGCUUUUCAGAAUUAACUAAAUGUAUGUUAGACACUAUCGGGUAUUGCUCUAAUAUGAACGAUGAAAUCAAAGAAUUUUUAGACUAUAAGCAUUCAGACUGGAUACAAAUUACAACAAAGUGUUCUGAGAAUAGACAGGAUGAAUAUCAUUUGGCAAAUAUUGUUCUCGAUAAUAAAAGAAUAGAUUUAUCGACGAUACGUGCAACAAUUAUUUUGUAUAAUCACAGAGCAUUACAGGAAACAGAAUUGUUUGAGAGCAGAGCUGUAUCAGGCGAUCAUUUUUAUGAACUAAUGAAGCUAAUACAAAACAUGAAAGAUGAACUGAAGAGCAAAUCUAAAUUUGUUUGCAUCUGGGAAACUCUGUUGACUUAUCCCAUAUUCUUUCUUUUAUAUCCUGUUUUAUGGCUGUCCACGAUAACAAAAAAAUUAUUGCCAGUUUUAAAGUACUCUUCUCUUGGCUUGCAUGUCUAUAACUGGUUGGAAAAUAUUAAGUGGAUGCUAAUCACAAUUUUACACGACAAAAAUUUUAAGCUUAAAACCGCAAAUUAUGCAUCGGCAAUUGUGGUAGAUAUAGCACUAGGAAUCUUUGUGUUACGAUUAUUGCAAUAUUAUAUUGAAGAUCAACCAUCACAGUUGCUUCUAGACAAUGCAGAGAAAGUUGUGGAGACUUUAAAGGAUCUAAUUAAUUGGUUGAUGGGUGUACCAGCUGGCUUGAAACUUAAUCAUGCUCUAAAUAAUAGUAUGGGAAAGUUUUUCUUGUAUCACAUACAGCUCUGGUGGACCUUUCUGACAUUUUUAAAGCCAUUUCUAGAUUUUGCAUUCAAAAUAUUGCUAUUAUUUGGAAGAUUGGGUGUCACAUUUCAAAUAUCUAUUAUUGCAGACCUUCUAGCUCUCGCUAGUUUUCAUACAUACUGUAUCUAUGUUUAUGCAGCAAGCCAAGUUUAUUACAGGCUUUUCAAUAUGCAGUUAAAAGGAAUUACAGCUCUCUUUAGACUUCUUCUUGGGAAAAAGAAAAAUCCUUUACGUGAAAGGGUAGAUUCUUGUCAAUAUCAAACAGAUCAAUUGUUUGUUGGGACACUGUCAUUUACCAUUCUUUUAUUCUUAAUGCCAACAACAUGGAUAUAUUAUACUGUAUUUACACUACUCAGGCUAAUAUCGAUCGGGUUUGGUGGUUUUUUGACUAGAUUGAAAUUUUAUCUACAAAUUAUGCCUGUUUAUACUUUCUGGAAGUGGUUGUUGCAAUCUUAUAGUACCUGUAGCACUGUUGAUAUCAGAUUGCAUUCUCACUGCACAGAGGGAUUUACAAUAUUAUCAAUGACUAUGGUUGUUGCACCUUGGAGAUGUACAUGGAGGAAAUGUAUCGCAGAUACAAUUAUUCGCCAUCCAUCCAUUGAAUGGUGCACAAUAUUAAAUAAUAUUAUAUGGGGUCAGUUGUUAUAGAAUUAUGUUAUAUGAAAAAUAAAUUA